GUCGAGUCCUUCCAAGCAUAAUAUCUCAGACUCAAAAUGGUUUCAUAAAAGGACGUCAAAUCUCAGACAGUAUUUUAAUAAGCCAUGAGGUAACUCAUCAUCUCCGAACGAUGCCCUCUGGACGAAAAACUUGGAUGGCGUUGAAAUUGGAUAUGGAAAAGGCAUACGAUCGAGUGGAAUGGCCAUUCCUUUUCGAAAUAAUGAAGGAAUUGGGUUUCGACCAAAAGUUUAUAUCUUGGAUACAGGAAUGUGUAACUACAGUCUCCUACUCGGUACUGGUGAACGGAAUUCCCUCCAGUUACUUCCGUCCAUCAAGAGGCCUUCGGCAAGGAGACCCUCUCUCAUCCCUACUAUUUGCCAUUUGUGCAGAAGGUUUUUCAGCAAUGAUAAGACAUACAAUAGAUAUGGGGUACGUGGAGGGGGUUAGGAUCAGGGCAUCAUGCCCAAUGGUGUCCCACAUAUUCUUUGCAGACGACUCCUAUCUCUUUUUAGAAGCUACCUCGCAAUCUUGCACAACAAUUCUCUCUCUUUUCCAAGCCUAUGAAGGAUUGAGUGGGCAGCGGGUCAACUUACAAAAGUCAGCGGUCUUAUUUAGCCGCAAUAUGGAUCUAAACCUGGCCUUAGAAUUAGGGGCACAACUAGGUGUGGGUAGCAUUGGAGAACAAGACCGGUACUUGGGCCUUCCGUCAACUAUUGCUAGAUCAAAAAAGGAGUCUUUUCAAUUCAUGGAAGAGAAGCUCAUUAAAAAACUUCAAGGAUGGAAGCAACGAACCCUGUCUAAAGCAGGUAAAGACAUUUUGAUUAGGACAGCAGCUACCAAUCUACCAGUCCAUGGCAUGUCUUGUUUUAAGAUCCCUAAAGAAAAUUGUCGGCGGUUAAAUAGUCACGUAGCUAGAUUUUGGUGGGGUUCGGCAGAUAAUGUGGACCAUCCAAUCCACUGGGUUUCCUGGAAAAGUUUAGCACAUAGUAAGUUUCAAGGUGGUCUAGGAUUCAGGGACUUUGGUGCCUUUAACCAAGCUCUGUUAGCUAAACAAUGUUGGAGGAUCUGGAAGAAUCCGGAUUCUCUUCUGGCAUCGAUAUAUAAAGGUCGAUAUUUUCAUCAAGGGUCAAUACUAGAUGCUACCCUAGGUUCCAAGCCCUCUUGGGGAUGGCGUAGUAUCUUGUUUGGAAGAGACCUCCUUCUCCAAGGGUUAAGAUGGCAAGUUGGAGAUGGACAAGACAUUGUAGCCUUCAAGGACAAGUGGGUCGCUUCUGAGAAACCCAUCACUCCUUUGGUUCGCCUUUCGAAUAUAACAAACUCCCCAAGAGUCUCCUUCUUUAUUAGAGGAAGUGGAGGAGAGUGGCAUAUCCCAAGGCUUCAAUACUGUUUUGAUCCCAUUACUGUUAGUCUUAUUUGCAAAACUCCUCUUCCUAGAUGUCAACAAAGAGACACAAGAAUCUGGCACUUUACAAAAAAUGGCGCCUAUACAGUUAAAUCGGGAUACCACCUGGCUUUAGAAAUUUCUUUAGUCUCGAGUCGGAAACCCCUGGUGCAAAUUAUAGAUACCCCUAUCUGGAAGAAAACUUGGGAUAUUGAGGUUCCUCCAAAAUUAAAAUUCUUCAUCUGGCAAUGUCUAAGAGUAAUUCUUCCAACUGUGGUGGCACUUGAGUCUAGAGGGAUUAAUUGUCGUACCCGGUGCCCGGUUUGUUGGAGAAGUCCAGAAAGUAUUGAACACCUAUUCUUUAGAUGCCCCUUGGCCACCAGAUUGUGGUCGCUUAUGGGCCUAAAUGACUUUAUUACCUCGGCCCCGACUGUGAAUUUCAGUCUCUGGUGGCGACAUGUUAUGCUUUCUGAGCACCCCCAAACCCAUGUUCUUCUGUACGUUUGCGUAUUGUGGAGAAUCUGGAAGUCUCGAAAUAAGGUGGUUUUUGAGCAUUUACAACCUCAUGCCCAGUCUCUAGCCCGCCAAUGUUUUUUCCAUGUCCGUGAAGUCUCUUCUUCUCUUCCUCCUGCGCCUGCCCCUCCUCGCCAUCCUCCAAGUUCUCGCCUCCUCUCCUGGGUCCCUCCUCCUGAUGAUUUUUUGAAGAUCAACUUUGAUGCUGCAGUUCGUGUUUCCGGUUGUUCGUCUGGUCUAGUAAUUCGUGGAGCAGACGGGCAUGUAGCUUUGGCAGUAGGCUUUCAGCACUCUGGCAUUACUGAUCCCUACCUAGCAGAGCUUCUUGCUGCCAGAGACGCCAUUUCCCUGUUGGUCUCCAAGUCUCUACCUCGUGUCAUCAUCGAAGGAGACUCUGAAGUGGUGGUUCGUCAGCUUCGUCAGGGUGAUUCUUCUGAUUCCUUAGGAGGACCAGUGCUUCGGGAUUGCUUCCUUCUCCUUGCUUCUGCUUCUGUCUCCUUAGAGUUUAGAGCAGUGCCUCGGACUGCUAACAGGGCUGCCCAUAGAGUGGCGCAGAAAGCCCUGCUUCUUUCUCCUCUUGAGUUAUGUUCUUUCGAUUUUGUUGGGUGGCUUCAUUGAUGUAAUAGGUUGGGAGGUGUUCGGGUAGUUUGUAUAGUUCUCUCUUUUGACAUUUCUUGGAAAAAAAAAAUUACGACUCAAGCCAAAGGAAAAGAGAGAGGGUGAACAUUUAACAUCCCCGUCACCGUCUGAAGAAGAAGAAGAAGAAGAAGAAGAAGAAGACAUCGGGAAAGGAGAACUAGCGAUCACUGCUUCGAUUCGGCGCCCUUUCUCCUAGAUCUGAAUGCCCUCGCGCCGAAUUUACGAGAAGUGUAGAAGGGUGUAGGAAAAUAGAAUAACUUGAGGGGUUAUUAGAAUAAACCGUUGCACUUAGGUAGAAAAGGGUAACAAAUUUUUAAUUUGUAACGAUAUGGUAACAGACGUUUGUACUUGUAACAAAACGGUCGCAAACAAACAAAAUGAUUAAAUUCAAACUUUUGUUACCGCGUGUCGUUACAAAUUAAACUUUUGGCGAUCGACCGUUUUGUACACCGUUCAAAGGUUGAAACGAGCAAUCACUCACAAUUCGUUCCAGUCGGGGUAUGGUGGAUUUGUUAAUUUAUGCAGAAUGAUAUGAUCGUAACACAGGAUGACAAUACUAAUAAGAUGAAGAAAAAAAAACAAAGGAUGACGGCGAGGGAAUUUAGCGACUCACAAAUGGGUUGCAUGUUGCUUUUUAGUUGAAAAAACUUGGAUUGCUUUCUUACGUUCUUGGUAUUGGAAUUGAAAGGUAAAUAUAUGACAUUCUUAUUCGGCAAAACUAGUAUAUCGAUGAACAGACGACCCAACAACACAUGUCAUUCAAGUGGUUAGUGUCAUAUACUUGAUGAACACACGAUCCUACCUCAAAACGGUCACAAAAUUUAAUUUGUAAGUUGUAACGACUCGGUAACAAAACCUUUGCACUUAAUACAAAACGGUCACAAAUUAUGCAAAAGUGACCAUUUCAUACAAUUUAAAACUUUUGUUACCAUAUCGUUACAAAUUAAAGAUUUGUGAAUGUUUUGUACUAAGUGCAAAUGUGUGAGACCAUUUAUGUUAAUUACCCACUAAUAAAGCCGAUAGUUUACGAUUAUAUCCCGACGAGUGCUUGCUCUGCAAGUACCGGCUAUCCCCAUAUUUUGUGGUCUACUCUUAUGUGGUUCAUUUUCACGUCGUUGCUAUUGUUUUUUUGUGGGUGAUUUGUGCUCGGCAAGUACCGGCUAUCGUCAUAUUUCUAUAUUUUUUUAGUAGGGUUUGGUUUAUUCGAUUAGUUAGUUCAUUUGAGUUAAUUACAUCCUUCCGUCCUUUGUUUGCUUUAAUGAAGAACCAAAAAACUCAUUGUUUGGAAUGAUGGAAUAUUCGAUAAAAAUAAAAUCCUAAAUCUCUUUAAAAUAAAUUAAUUUAUGAAUUUCUCGCGAUUGAACUAAUAUCUCUUGUGUUUGUUUAUCUUGUUUCUGGCACGAAGGAGAGACCCUACCUUUCAGAAAGGGUUAUAGGUAUAAUAUGCCCCUCUACUAUUUUUUACAUCAAAUAUGCCCCUGUACUUUGAAAAAAUUAUCAAACAUGCCCUUCUGUUGAAAUUUCCAUUGAACACUAGGGGUCGUUUGGUUUUGAUGAUAGUUAAAUAGAUGCAUUGUUAUCAAUACAUGCAUAAUAAUAUACCCAUAUAUAAGAAAUUGAUGUAUUGUAG